AUGAUCGCGCCUAUCACUGGCAAGUUCCGACGACAAAUUAUUAGAGACAUUGCUAUUUCCUUGACACUGGGAGGAACCGCAGGAGCCGCUUGGUGGAAUCUCUACCACAUUCCCAACAUCAAACGUCGCGAUGCACUUUACGCCAAGCUGGAAGCUAACAAUAAGUAG